AUGGAGAAAAGCUUAGUGCAAUCGGCUUCCCCGAAAAGAGGUCCGAGCUCUGCCGAUGCGAAUCUAAGUAUUGUGUUGAAUUUAAUGUGUCAUACAACUUGCCAUCGCCAAGGAGGCGAAACUGAGAAAUUCGCAAAGAGAGCCAUCGAAUCUCUGGUGAAAAAGCUCAGAAAGAAAUCAGAAGAGCUCGACUCCCUAAUCACUGCUAUUACGACCAAAGGAUCCAAGUCGUCAAAAUGCGUCACGAUUCAGAGAACUUUAGAUGGCAGACUUCAAGUUUGUGAGCGCAAAGGCUUUCCGCAUGUGAUUUACGCUCGACUAUGGCGAUGGCCCGACAUUCAAAAGAUGGAGAUGAAACAUCUAGAAUUCUGUCGAUACGGCUAUGAUCUGAAGUACGAGAGUGUCUGCGUCAAUCCGUAUCACUAUGAGCGGAUACGUAGUCCAGCCGGUAAGAGUCAUGUAUUUAUGUUCUUUUUAUUUUUUCUUUAGGUACAGUGUAGUGUAUGUUGGGUCAAUCGUGUGAUGUCAUGUAGGGCAAAGAGACCAAAAUUGAAACGCACGCAUAGCGUACGUGAUGGUAAAAUUUUUACACCGCUGCCUUGAUAUGUGAGAAUGGCUCAAAUUAUAGAUUAUUUUUUUGUCAUCGAUUUUGGUGAUAAGCUAACCCAAGGAAAUUUUUUUUAUUUUCGUGCCACGUUAGAAACUAAAACAGAGUUUACUGUUGCAUCUCGAUCGGGGGUAAUAUUUUUGUAAUUCACUCACGGUCAUUGUUCCUUCCGACAUAUGAUCGAAUCAUCGGAGUGUUUAGUCGUAACAUUAUCUUUAUGCUUUUGAAAAUGCUUAUGGUGAACGCGCUUCCCGUUCGACAAAUCCGGAGCUCACUCGCUCUUUCACGCUACAUUCGUCGCACAAAUUCAUUAGCGUUAAACAUGUCAAAGAGCGAAAUGCUAAUUUUCAUGGGAGUGGGCACGCCAGUGUUUUCCUCUAAGCUUGGUCAUUGUUUGGAUAACGAGCCAGCGGCUAUUUUGCAUUUUUAAUUUCCAGUUGUAGGUCGCUUAGAUUUUGCCGGGUUUUUUCGCGCGAUUUUGUCAGGACGGCCUGCCAGACUCUAUACCAGACGGCUUGAACCCCGUAUCACGCCAAAUGAGUCGCGAUCCUUUCGUGUGGGGCAGCAGAAUUAUUUUGUCUGGGUUUUGUUUAAGUAUUAUUGUUGGUUAGUGGUCAUUGUCUGGCUGGAACGUUUCUUGUCUGAAAACGUCUGAAAUGUCGUCUGCAUCGCCUCUAAUUUAUUUUGGGAAGUGAAUUUAUUUUCGUCUAGACUUGAAGCACGCGCGCGCGCUGCUUGGAACCAUUUUUCUGGCCAAAAACCGCUUUUAUACCUCUGAAUGUGCUUCAGUCAAGAAGUAAACAGAAUCCCUAAUUAGUAUUCAAGAAUGCCUCAUCUGAAUAAUUUUUUUUUCUAGUCUGCUUCGCUGUCUAGACGAUAGCGUGAACGCAUAUAGUCAUUUCGCGAUCACUUUUGAGAAAGAUUACAUCGUCGCCAUGUUUUUUAGCGAAAAACACGAAUUGCGUGUUGAGCGCCGAACAGAUUUUUAGAGCGCGGAAUGCCUUUUGAAAUUUAGAAUGGCGUUUUUGACAACGCUUAUUGUUUGUUAUUGUAAAUUUGACAAUUCGAGUGUGCUAUAUUUUACCGAGUUUCGAUUGGGGAAAAUAUCUCUUUUUCCUAAACUUUCCAAAGGGUCUUCCAAUCGAUUCUCUGAAACAUUUGCUUGUAGGAUUUCAUUCUUAAACCUUUUCCCAUUAAUAGUUCCACUCUUGACAAACAAAACCACAAUGGCCACGUAGAUGUAUUCAAAUUCCAUGUUAUGGGAUUUUGUCACGUAAUUAAAAUUUCGCUUUCGAGCGCACGGCACGAAAACUUUUUUCGCAUGCAGUGUUUUAAAUUGAUUCUGUUGGAUGAAAAAAAAAGAGUUUUCACGUAUUUUGUUCCCGACAGACUUGUGAUUGCUUCCAAAAAGUGUGAUCUGUCGGCUUCUUUUGUUGACAUCAUUUCGUGUUUAAACCCUGGGGGAUCAACCAGUAGUACAAGCAUUCAAUUUUUUGUUUGACACUUUUUGGUUAUUUCUCUUACAUUGUUGUGAACCUACAAUAGUACGGCAGUUACAACUGAUCUUUCACAACACAAUGAAUAAUCACUGUCCAUAUGAGGAAGAAAUCCUUUGCAAGAUUAGUUCCCUUAUGAGUGGUUUUGUGGUCAAAUCAAUUAGCAUUGAUUCUUAACCUAAUGUAGUUUAUUUUACCCAUUAUUUCAAAAUUGUGUAUUGUAACAAUUGGUCGGUUUUGAAGAUAAAAGAUGUGUGGUCUGUUUUAUAAAUGAGUUAUCUAGCGUGCAAACACCUAGAAAAUGUGACUAUAAGAAGUUCAAGUGACAUCCUCAAACACAUUUUCUUUAAGUUGCCCCUUCACGCUGAGCACACGUUUUUAAGAUAUUUCCUGCAACAUGCGCCCCAGAAAACUUGCACACCCUGUAACAAAUCCUACAAGAUGGUGUUUGCGACUAAAAGAGUUUAAUAUAAAGAUUGCUCUGUGCUUGCAGAUGUCAGCAUCUAGUUGUUUUGUUUGGCAUAUUUAAGUCCUUAACUUCAUCUCUAGUGACCCUUGUUUUUGACACCCAACCAUAGAGGAUGAAGCGUUCAAGACUCCAACAUGUCGUGAUUGGUUUUUUGACUAGCAACCUGAAAUGUCUUUGUUUUAGCUGGUAGAACAUUACUUGUAUCAUGUACGCAUGGAUGGUCUUGUGUGUUAUUGAAUUUUUUGUGGCAUGUGUAAGUUUCGUGCGAUCUUAUCAUGGUAUGAUGUCUUCAGCGAUUAGUAUUUCAUGAAGAUUUUUUUUAGCGUUUUAUGUUGAAGCAUUUUUACUUGUAAUAUAUGUCUGUAGACGUUAUUGGCAUUUUUUCAUGUUGAGUUAAAAAGUGACCAGUAGUUUGGUUCCUUUGUAACUAAUUUGUACUUAGGAACAUUCUUGUAAUUAAUUUUUCACGAUUUUUAUUUUUGUCUAUCUUCAAAGAGACCAGGAAACUCCAGCAACCAAUAACUAAGUGAUGAAUAAAUUUUUCUAAAUUAUGAUUAAAUCAUCUGAAAAUUUUGGGUUUAUUUUUCAUAUUUGUCGGCUAAAAGAGAAAAAAAAAACCAUGAGAAGCAUCAACAACAUUUACAAAUCAACACCUUAUUAUUCACUUUCAUCUACAGGUGCCUUAAUUGUGCAACUUAAUUGUGGCUCUUUCUACUAAAUAUAGUUCUACCAAGCAAUUUAGGUUGAUCAGCUUCCAUUAAAACCUUGUUUAAACUAUUUUUGAUGAAUCAUGGCAUUAACCCUUUAAGUCCCACUAGUGACCAAGACAGAAUUUCUCUUUACCCUAUCAGACGAUAUCAAACAGACAAGUGAUGAGAAUAGAAAAAAAUAUCAAUUAGGGGACUAUCGGUUGAUCUAAUUCCAAAUUCUCCAAACUAACAUCACAUGAAUCGUAUGGCAGACGGUUAGGAGAAUUACUAAUGAAAUCUUGGGCUUUGAAUAGCUAAGCUGUCUAAUUCUACAAUUUUAUUGUAGAUGUUUUCCUGUUUUGGUGCUGUCACAGAGAGGAACUUUUGUGCUUUGAGUUCUUGACUUAAGACCUUGUUUUUCUCUGUAUCUUUCGUGGUAUUCUUUUUUAUGUGGUGUAAUGUGAUAUGAUGUCUUUUCAAAAUUUAUCCAUAGCCCAUCCAUGAAGGGUAUAUUUGCGUUUGAACAUUCCCUCUUUUUUUAAGACCCAUCUCGAUUGGUAUUCUAAAUGAUCCUUGUCAAGGUGGGGUUAGAUGUUUGUUUCAGAACUCAACUACCGUAAAACCAAAGUCAUACUACAGGAAUAGAUAAAACUUGAGUGCGAGAGACUACUCCUUCCUCCAUUAUUUUUCUUGAUCAAUUUUAGACAACCAGAUCUAUGGCUGAUAAUAUUCAAGGUUAUUUCUUAGAUGUUGAUUGUGAGUGAAAGACACAAAAUUUUUGUCUUGAACAUGGUUGGAGGGAAAGAAGUGUUCUUGUAUUUCUCCUCCAGUAAAUUCAUGCAUGCACACCCAGUAGAGAAUGCAGUCAGUAACAGUCCUUCCUUGUUUACCUGUUAAACAACAGUAAAGAUGAACCUAAAGGUCCAGUGCACAGUGUAAAUGACCAAAGGAAACUUAAAAUAUAUCGUUGGAGUUGUUUCACAAAAUGAAAAGUGUACAUAUUACAUUUGCGACACGACUUGUUGAAAUAGAGAUCUGUCGGAAGAUCAUCCUUUCAAGGCACUUGGAAAAAAGCGGUCACUAAGUGGCUGGUAAGUUAAACGCAAGCCAAUUAAAUGGUGCAAUAUAUCCACGCAUUUCAGCAAGCUUCUGCUCCACUUGUUUUUAAUGUUGCUUGAAUUUUAAUUAAAUUAAAAAAGGCAAACUCAGCAAAUUAAGUACAUUUGGUUGCGAAAUAAAGUUACAGCAAAUUUAUGUUAAUGAUUUCUUUGCACUUUAAGCAGAAGCAUUUAUUCAAAAGGACAGCUGAUGCGGUCACAUUAAAAUGUAUGUAAUCUUUCAGACUGUGACCUCAUUGACACCAAAUUUCAUUCAAGCAUGUCAAGUAUUGUAUACUGAUUUUGAGUUCCCACUGCGAUACAGAUUGUGGCAAGUGUCACGCAUUGCAAUGAGCUCAGCUGAAAGCCAAAGUCACAUUUGGCUCUCAUUCAUUGAAAGCAAUUAAGCUGAUAAAUCAAUACCAUUCUACAGAAACGACCAGAUAACCAUGGUGCGAGAGAACCAAAUGGAAAUUUCAUGGCUGAUUAAUGCGUCAUGGAUACAAAAUAGAGUUGUAAUUUACAGAGGACCUUUAAAAUUUUGGCGAAUAAACCACACAAAUUUAAAUUCUAAGAUUGUGGUUUUUUUUUUAAAUGUGCAAGUUGUAAAUUGGGCAGUACAAUGAUGCGCAAGGGACAUAUUUUUUAUUCAUUCAAUUUUCACAAUAAUUCUCUUUGCCUUACACGUAAGGUGUGUAAAUAUACAUUACAAUGCUUAAUUGUUUUGUUCUGCUGUAAUUUUGUAUUUUGAUUCACCUAAAUUUUGUAUUUUUCAAUUGAGAUGCAAUUUGUUUCCUACACAGUCUAAUAUCAAACAUCCUUCAACCACCUGAAACAAUUCUGUAGGAGUUACUACAUCAAAAUUAUCAGGAAAAUAACAGCAGCAACUAUAUGUGAGAAAUAACACAGUGUCGUAUUGUUUCUCUGUAUUUAUGCUUGUAUGUGAAUUCUUGAUUUGGAGUCAAUUGACCACAAAGUGAAGCCACAGUGAACACUCCUCUUACCAAUUCCAGCAAAAGAUUGUUGGCUUUUAGAAGUGUACAUUUAAGUUUCUUGAGUUACUUCAAUCUGUUAUCAGCAGAAGACUUUGUUUGCUGCCAUUCAAGACAUUUUAUUUGGUGUAAUGUUUUUUUUUGGCAAGACUCAUUGUUUGUUUGACCUUAUAUACGCCAAAAAUUUGCAAAAUUCAUGUGUAAGAAAUUUCACAUUGCAUAUAAAGGGAUUUGACAUUGAUUUAGAUUUUCAGGGAAGAAUCAUUUGUUAGACUAAACAGAAUCUUACACAUCCAAGGUUUUCCUCAAGAAAUAUAGUGGCUGGAGAGUGUUGCUAAGUAACAAGAAUGAGACUACUAAGAGUAGACUACUCAACAGCUUCACUAACCCAAGAGCAAUAAUUAUUUAGACAGAGAAUUCUGCAAUGUCUGAUGCCAAAUAAACAUCCCUUAAAAAUUCAGGGAUUACUCUGUAGCAUCAUGGAUUACUGGUUGCUUUAGAGCUGUAGCUGGUUUUGAAUGACAGCAUGGAUGGUUUAUUUGCCGCAGUUUCUUAAAAUGUACAUGUUUUAUGUGUGUGGUACUCUAGACUCUUUGUUACACGCAGUGGUACUGCGUUGUGUACUAUUGGAUGCUUCUGAAAAUUGAUAUUGCAAGCAUUCAAAAAAUUUAGUUUUGUGCUGAGUUUCAUGUUAAGAUACUGGCUGUCUCAAACACAAACAUCAUGUUUUAGAGCUUCUAGAUAAUAAUAUCACGCAACGAGGGAUUAUUUUUAGUCACAAGAGAUAACACAAAUAUUCAAGACUUCAACAGAAAAUGGCCACUCAGAACUGUAUGUUAAGAAUGCAACAGUAUUUUUGCUCAUAGGUCAAUAUUAAAAACAUGAUAUAUGGAAAUCUGUUGACUAUGUCGUGGCCAGAUAGAGACAUCUUUCAUCUAAAGUACAGAAAUUCUAUUUUUUUUGUCGGUCUACCUACAAAGCUACAUGCAGAUGGGCAUGUUUGCUUGUGCACAUAGUGUUUAUUCAAGCAUGUAACGCUCAAAAUUCCAUGCUCGACUGGUAACUUUGUCUGCAACUUUUGCUCUAAUGCAUAAAUACACAGAUCAUUUCUUUGUAGUUCAUUUUUAUCCAAGCUUUCCUGAUCUGUAUUUGUGUGAUAUGAAUUAUUACAAAACAUCAAUACAGCUCAUUUACAUUUUAAAAAUAACUCUCUGCCUCUGAUGAAAAAUCAAUAUUAAUAUGGAUCAAGGCAUAUUAUAGAAUGUUCUGCAAUCCUCGAGUGACUUGUUUAGGCUCUCUGCCAUUCAAAGAAAAGUUAAAAGAGGAAAGAACAGGUGAGAGAAAAGAGGAAGAAAAAUCAGUUAAAAACAGUUUUUUGCCAAGUUUUAAUUUGUAACAAACUGGUGGUGGAACAAGUCUUUUUCUUAAGCAUCCUGUAGACAAUAAUAUUUUCAUUUUGAUUUUUGCUCUGUAGAAUAACAGAGCCACACAAAUAUUUUGAUAGAGAUUUUAUGAAGGAGAAUUGUUUGUUUCGCAGUGAAUUCUGGAAUCAUAAUGUAUCAUAUGACAGAUAUGCUGAAAAGCGAUAAACUGUCUGGUAGACAAUGAUAUCUGAUGUCUAGGAUUUUAUCACUGAUUGUCUGGUAUGAAACUAAAAGAGGAUGCUAUUGUAUUCAUUUGAAAAUGUCAGCAGAUCACGGUAACAAUUCAAUGGAUUCUUUUUUUAAUAAGCACAAGGUUGUACUAAGCAAGAGUAAAUCACAUUCAGAGUUCUUGUAAACCUCAAGAUGAAGACACAAGCCAACUGCUUAAAGAUGGGAAAAAUAUCUGGAUUAUUUUUCUAGUUUGGAAUUAGCCUUGUUAUUAUGAUUAGAGCUCUUUGUCUGAAGUUGAUAUCUGUGGUUUGACCUUGAGUGGCUAUAUUCUAAUUCAGUGUUUGAGCAGACAUGUCUGUGAAAUUAAGAUUUUUGUAGCUAAGAAAUAUGAUUUGCUGCAAACCAUUGCUCUCAGUUCGCAGUUGCAAUAUUUUCUUUGUAAUUGCCCACAUCAGUGCUGUCUAGUGUCAAAUUUUCCAACCUUAUCAAAUGAACAGCAAAAUAUUAAUCAUGAUAUUUUAGUUGAACUGCAAAAGAGAUCAACAGAAAGAAGGUGUAAUAUCACAUGCUACAUAUUAUAUAACAGCUUUAUUCUUUUCACACAGCGGCAACUCUUUCUGUUAAAACAUCUUCGUCAAACUGUGAUAAAUGUGCCUUAUCUGUGUUGAAAGAAAGUUCACCUCAACCAGCAACCACAUAUGAUCAACCAAAAUAUCUAGAGGCAGGACCAAGUAACUCUUUACCCGGACCAAGUAAUAUACCGUGUUCGGCAGAUCCAUGCCCCAUCAUUGUGCGUAAUCUACUUUGGCAUGCUGUUUACCGACAUCAGAGCACUGAUGCUGAAAGCUUUAGUCGAAGAGCCAUUGAAUCCCUUGUGAAAAAACUGAAGAAAAAAUUUUAUGAGCUGGACUCACUCAUUGUAGCAAUUACUUCAAAGGGAAGGCAGCCAUCAAAGUGCGUUACUGUUCAAAGGACCAUGGAUGGACGGCUGCAAGUUGGAGAUAAGAAGGACUUUCCACAUGUUAUUUAUGCUCGACUCUGGCGAUGGCCCGAUGUGCACAAGAUGGAGAUGAGACACAAAGAAUUCUGUCAGAAUGGUUAUGAUACAAAACACGAGAAAGUUUGUGUUAAUCCUUACCAUUAUGAAAGAGUUCAACCGCCAGGUAUGAAAAGAUUUUGAUGUAUUUUUGUUUGUGUGUUUGUUUGUCAUGUCACUGCAUAACUUGUCGUUAUACUGUGGUGAAGGCUCUUAAGCCAUAAUAUUCCAACACAUUGCAGUGUUGGUUAGUUAAAGGAGGCUUUUUUACAAACAAGAUCUGGUUUAUCAAUCCAUGCAUCAAAAACUCUGUGUAUUAAACAAUAGCUACAUAUUCAAGAAAAAUGGAUGAUGGACUGAGUUUAAAAUGAUUUUUCUUUUCCAAUUGGGAUCUUACUCCAAAAUUGUAUUUUAAAUGACCUUUUUAGGAAACAUUUCUGCAUCUCUGUUUAGUAGAGAAUCACUUCAUGUGGCAUUCUAGAAGUUUUCUGACAUUGCUAGGGCUCAAAAUAAUGUCAAUAGUCAACAAGCAAUGUGCUCUCAAACUAUAGUUUUUGUCGGGUCAACUCCUUUUAUGACUGGACAUUUUGUUGGGUUUGUUUAGGCAUGUGAAGAAAGAAUUUAUUCUGAGAAAAUUCCAAGAUGAGGGCAGCAUGUACAAUAAAAACUUAGUUAAUAUACACAUGCAUUUGUUCUAUAAAGGGAGGAUUUAUUUUGACCUGUUUGUUUAGACAUGUAAAGAAAGAUUUUGUCCUCAGAAAAUUCCAAGUUCAGGGCCGCACUUACAAUAAAAUCAUAGUAGAUGUGUACAUGCAUUUGUUUUAUAAAAGGAAGAUUUGUUGACAUAUUACAUGGAGGAUAUUGUUCUGGGAAAAAAAGGGUCAUUUGCAAGCAAAAAUAAGGAGUUUAAGAAAUGACAAUGGGGAUGCCGUGAACUACAUGGGUUAAAAUAUGAAGUUAUAUUUUACUUACGAAUCUUGCAAUACCCUAAAUUCAAUCAGUUUGUUUCUCUCUGUCGAAGCUAUCUGAAUAUGGAACACAGCAUUAAAUUAAAAUAGAAAUUUAAAAAAUUAGCCAUUGCUGUGCACUUUCUCCAGACAACACAAAGUUUUGUCAUUUCACGUUGUUGUUUUGCCAAAGAUGCAAAGAAAUUUACAAUGCACAUUCACAGCCAUUGUUCUGCUCAUCAAAAUCUUUUGUUUAGCAACUUUCCCAUUGCUGUUGCUGUGGUGGUUUUCUUAAACUCCCCAACAAGUUUGACUGGACAACUUAGCCAACACCAGUUAGGAAAUUAUUUCUAGCCUUACUUUGCUGUACCUCUCUAACAAACCUGUCAUUUUGAAAUAAGUUAUUUUGAUAGAACUCUAGAUUCUCCUAACUUAUUUACAAGAAAAUGUAUAUCAGUCAUAAAGAGGAAUGACUAUUCAGAUCUUGUUUGUUUGUUACUAGACUGGUUCAGAGCGUCUCUUUAUGGAAAUGUACAUAAGGCACAUAGUUCAGCAGGUUUGUAGAUCACUUAACGUUGUUUUUUAAAUCCUUUACACCUAAACAUCAGUAUACAUAUUCUCCUUACUAUUCUUGAUACAUUACCUAACGUCCUGACUGGGGGAAGUUGUUUGACAGGCAAGAGCUUCUUUAGUUGGUGAUCAUUUCCUUUAUUCCUGUGUUGCUUGUCGCCCUCAAGUGGUUAAAAGAUUAAUGGGCUGAUUGAACAGAGAAAAAAAUGGGUAAUCACGUUCAACAAAGGAGAACACGUACUAAUGGUGUCGUUUUUGCGGAAAUCACUCUCAAGGGUUUUAUGGACCAGUCCCAAGGGCAUUGAUUGUGAUGCCAUGCGAUUUCAGGCAUUGGGCGCCAUUUUGGACGAGCUGGCUGCCUGGCUAUGUGGCACAAAUAGCCUCGAUCUCAUGUCCAAAUGUUUUCUUGGCUGCCUUGAGCUGAAGACACCUACUUUUUUUUCUGCGCAAUCAGUACAAUAAAAAAACUUUUACAAGAGAUUGAAUGCACUUUACUAAUCUUUGAUUAUUACUAGUUAUGAGAUUAUUUGUCACUUUUUUUUAUUGACACAUUGCACAUACCUGUAACUGAAUUUUAGAGGAGUGGAAAUAUUUAGAAUGACACUCCUCAACUCAGUUAUAGCAGGCGGAUCACCAUAACUAGACCAUGAUUACAAACUCAACAAAGCUUUACACUGCUUGCUUGUAUUGUGAAAAUUGAGAAUACAAAAUUUACAAGGGCUAGAGAUAGACCAGUGAAUUGACACCACAAUUUGAAAUCUAUCAUAUGGGUGAAUGGGUAGGAAAGGUCUUUGAAGAUAAAAUCAGUAAUUGAAGUUACAAGAGUCACAUGAGCCACAUCCAUGCCCAGGCAGGGUCAGUAAGGAAAGCAUUUGGCACCUACCAUGGUAUUUACAUGCAGUUUCACUCAGCUGGUGGAACAUAACACUUCAUAACAUAUUUAACAAGACUUGUUUGAUCUUUAAAGUGUCUUCCCUUCUUUAUGCUUAUUUAUGCUUAUUGAGAUGCUAAAGCAAAAUUGCAAUUAUGUAAUAAAGAACAUAACAUGUUUAUUGACAAGAGUGUGUCAAUAUUUCUUUCCUACAGAAGUUGGCAACAGUCAUAAAAUUGAUGAGGUAAUCUUAUAUUUCAAGGUGGUGAUUCUGACUUGGAACCAAAAUCAAUAUUUUAACAUGUGUACAGUGUAUUCCAAUGAUACUUUAAUUACAUACUUUAUAAUUUCAGAGUUCUUAGGUGUAAAGUUAUGAGCUGAUUCAUAAAUCAUAGUGCUAGUGAACUUCAUUAGAUUUUUUUUAUUAUUAAAGAUGAAGAGAUGAAUGUUUCUAGUUCUCAGGAAAAUGUUAUUUAUCAAGCAGAUAAAAUGGAAUUAUAAAGUGUUUCUUCUUUUUUUCUUUUUUUACAUGCACGUGCAUGGGUCCUUACAGUAAACUUGAAAAGGGCCAAUAGUAUUUCAUUGUCUGAUUUCCUGCAUGACAAAUGUGUUUCACCAUAAAUAUAAUUAGCUGGAAUGUUGACCAUUAGAAUUGAUUUUAUUUUUUUCUCUAUUUAUUUAUUAAACCUUUUUCCUUUUCUGUAUUGUUUUAUUGAUGAGCAGUAAAGUAGGUUUAGUAGGAAGGAUUCCCAAAUUGCAUGUGGAUGUAAGCUUAUUAAGAUUGCAAAAUGUAUACAGACAUAUAAGCUUGCAAGGAUUGCAAAAUGCAUGCAGACAUUAAGUUGAUGAGGGUUACAGAAUGCAUGCAGAUAUAUAAGCUUGUAAGGAUUGCAAAAUGCAUGUAGACACAAGCUCAUGUAUAGUGUGCCAUCUCUCUGCAGGUAUCAAAUGGAGCAGCAUUAUCAAAUGAGCACAAUCUGGGGGAGAAAAAUAAUUGCUUCUGUUCACACAGCAAUACACCACAAGUUAGAAAGAGACCAGAUAUUCAAGAAGCAAGUUUUUCCAACUCAAGAAUAAAGAGAAAACCUGAUUAUGAAGGAAACAGGUACAAGAAGGGUCUUUAAAUUCUCACUUUCAAGAUCGCAGGUUCAGUUUUUGUUACUAACUGUUUAAAAGACUGGUGGAGGCUUGCCCUCAGUAGCACUCCUUAUUGCUCUCUGCUAUUUAGGAUAAUGAUAUAAAAAAAUAGCUUGUGUUAUGAUUUUCUCCAGAAAUCAAAGGUUUUUAACAUGUGAUGUGAUUUCCUAUUCAUUUCAUUAUUUUGUUUGAUUAGUAAAACAGUAAAACUGUUAAAGGGUAGACAUAUUUGGAGGGCAAAAGUUAGAAUUAGUGAUCAAAUCUUGAGUGUCAGAGAGUUCAAAUUUUCAAAGGAAUUUGAUGUAUAAAUCCCUUUGCUUUUUCUUCAUUCUAUUUAUAAUCUGAUCCAAAGGAAGGUAAAUUAUUCUUUGGCAUUGGUUCCUUUUAAACACUAAGCUACACUAUAAAAUGAAAGGUGGUUUAGGUUCUUCUGGAUCAUUUGUCAAUUAACCAUCAUGGCAUACAGACCCUUAUAUUAAAAACAGCUUGAGCUGCAGCUGAUCCAAAGCAAGUGAACUGCAGGCGGAUUUCUCAAAAGCUUUUAUUAAUAACUUUCUAUGUUUUCAUCACAAUGGAAGAAUUUGUAGAGGUUUGUACCUCCUUCCCACAAUUGCAAAGGUCUUCAUUUGUAGUGGUAAAUUUGAAAUUCAAAUGAUUUGCUGCUCCAUUGCAUAAUUAGCAUUUGAGCUGAAAUUAAAAGCAGAGCCAUCCUAUCCAUAGUGCACCUUUGUGUUUAAUGACAGUGAGCAAUGUACACUGUGGUGGAUUGUCAUAAGCAGUUCAAUAGUGGCAAUCAUCAUUAGUUUUCACUGCUGAAACAUUUCUCUCUCCUGUCAGGACCAUGUCAAAUUGUUCAUCUGUAAGUUGUUCCAGUGACAGUGAUCAAGACAUCGACAUUGAGGCAGAUUCACCUAAGAGAGUUAAGGUGAUAACACAAUUUUCAGUAGUAUAUGAUUGUGCAACUCUGCUAGGAAUUAAAAAUGUUUUGAUUUCCAAGUGUCUUGAAUUAAAAAAAUUAUUAAAGUUUACAUUAUACUUCGUGUGGAAGGGAAGUGGUAGUGUAGAUGCCAGGUUAAGGGCCUUUGUAUUGUUACUGUGUGGGGUAUAGAGGGUUGGAUGAGAAUCUCGGAGGGGAAGGGUGGGAACACAAUUUUCCUGUGUCACUUUUCCCUUCAUGGUCUACAGAAGGUGGAUCUAGAGGUUAGAUUGCAUAUUAACUGAACUUACUUUCAACAUCAGGGGUUUUGGGUCUUCGUGAGUGGUUGGCAGAUGAUUAAUCAAGGAGUUGUCAAGUGAAAAAUUCUUUGAGUUAUUUUUUCACUCUCUUUGGGUUUCAGCUUUCUCCUAGGGAGACAUCUGAGACAAGAAGUCCAGUUAAAGUUGAUGAAGGGUUGAACAAUUUUCACAGCAAAAUAAAUUAUCUUCCUAGGAGGUAUGGUGUCCAUCAGAUAUAUUCAUUUUUUUUGUGUGUAUAAAACUUCACGGGAAAAAGAUCUGCUUGUAUUAUUGUAUGUAAAAUAUAAAAAAAAUUGAGAUGGAUAGGCAGGAUUUUCAGCCCUGGUUAACCCUAGUAAAAAGGUAACCUUUUCAUAGGCGAAAUGAAAGAUGAAUGUAGAGCUGGUUAAUGCUUGAAGUCCAGAUGUAUGAAACUUUUGUUUUCUGGUUUCACUGUAGAGUUUGCUGUGCAUUGUGUAACUGUGUGAGCAACAGUGUCCUGGGGCAGGGUGAGCUGAUUUGUUUUGGAAGAAUAUCUGGCUUUCCAAGGCACUCGUCAAGUCCUUUGCUACACAAAAAUUUACGAGCAGAUUAUUCAAAUCCUCACUAUGCCAUGGCUGGUGGUUCACAUCCUCCUCACAGUAGGAGAAGUCCUCAUGAUGGAGAGUAUCAAGAUGUUAAACAGUAUCCACGGCCAUACAGAACAGAAGAUGGUAACACAACAGUGCACCAUGGAGAAGUACUUGUCAGGUAAAGACACUUAAGUCUUUACAUCCUAACAUAAGCAGGCAUAUUCUCCACACUGUUCUCUGUACAUUUCCUGAGGUACUUACAGGGAGAAUUGGUUUAACAUCAAGAGCUCAUGGCUUUUAUGAUAAUUUCUCAUAUUCUUAUUACCUUAAUAUUUGAUUUAGGGGUGACAUUGUUGAGAGAAAUUAGAUGCUUAUCACUCCAAGGGGUUGACACUGAGUUUUGUAGGUGGUCAUAUUUUCAAGUCCACUUGUGAGUAGGCUGCAUCCCUUUUGUAAACCUUUUCAAUGAACUUGAUGAAGACUUUCAGGGAGAGAAUAAUAAGGGCCCUAUCAAUGCCUACAUAAUAUAUUUCUGGUCAAAUUCUCACCAUUUUAUACUUGAAGCCUGAGAAGAUUCUGUUCUUGGGUAAAGCUUCCAUAUGGUCAUUGUGAAGAAGUUGCCCACACCAGGAGUUAUGACUAAUAGUUAACGACUAAUAGUCAAGAGCAAUUUUCCAAAGAGUUUGGUCAAACCAAAACUAAACAUAUGUAAGCAGCCAUUCAGAAUAAAGGAAAAUUUCAAAAAGUGGUAAUGAGGACUUGAAGUUGAAGCACAGAAAUCACCUGAGUGCAAUGAGAGUUUUUUGGAUCAAUCCCGACUGGUAGGGCAAAACCAGAGCAAUUUGGUAUACUUGUCACACUCAUUCAAAAUUGCUCUGUGCAGUUGGGUAGAGUAUCUGUACUGACAUUGUUUUCCAACUGCUUUUGCAAAAAAAAAAAGCAACAACCAACAACAACACAGACCAAAAAGCCCAAGGGGAGACUCACUGAGUAACAGAAAAACUGUCCCUCCCCGAGAAGACCUUUCCUGUGUGGGGUUUGAGGAAGAACCAGAUUUGGUUGACCUGUGUGACAAGUCUGGGCAGAUCUGGGUACAUGAAAGAUGUGCAGCUUGGACCCUGGCCUCAAUAGCAGCAAAGUCUUCUGUGGAAUUUACUGUAGACUUGACAAAUCAGAUUUUAUCAAAGGUGUGUUACUUUGUGUUUUAAACUGAUUGCUAGGAACUCAAACACAGAAUCAGCUUUUCCAUGGAACUUCAUCGAUGGCAGGGAAAGCAAGGGCAGCUGCAGCCCCUCAAACAAAACUCUGGGGGGAGGGGAGGGGAGGGGCCACAGCUCCCAUGUUUUGGUGUAGAUGUGACCAGCAGGGGUUAAAAUUGGUUUGGCAAAAUAUUCAUUCUCAUGAUUUUUGUAAAGAUGGCACCAUCAGGAUCACACUUGGCAAAGUAAUGUUAUUAAUAGCUCUUCCUCUGCACAUCUGCCUCCUUUUGCAAUAUGACAACUCAAUCACAAACACUGGAGAUUGUAAAGAAUGCAAAAAAGUUUGAAUAUGCCAGCAAACCAUGCAAUACACAUGAUAAGAAAUUUAAGCACGGCACUUGCAUGCUUACGUAGUUGUUAUUUAGUUAUCUACCAGGAACCCAAGUAUUGCUAGUGUAAAUAAGAUAUCUUUUUAGUGAAGUUUUUUUUUUUUCAAUUUUAGAACUGUUUUACUUCUCAAAUUCAAAUUUGAUAUUCCUGUAGUCAUGUAAGUUAUUAAUAUCUCUGCAGAAAUGUAGCUAUUGUGGCCGAUUUGGUGCAAGUAUUAUAUGUGAAAUGUCUGACUGUGGAAGAAUAUACCAUUACCCCUGUGCAAUGGCUGCAAGGGCUUUUCAGGUUAGUACUGUGAAUGGAGUACAGAGGGGUACAGCUUUUUGCAUUGAACACAUACAGGCCAUCUCUAUUUUCUCACAGAGUAUUGGUUAAGGCAGACAGGAAUAUGAAAAUGGGCUUACACUGUUUAUUAAGUAGAAUGAAAAAAGUUCAAAAGAUGGCUAUACUUGGAUUGUAUCAUGGGAGGGUGGCAUUAGGUAGUAAUUAAUGCAUAGGACUUUGGGUCAAGUGCAUUGUAUUUAUUUAAUAAGAGUUGGAGGUCACACCGAUGGUUGUAAUUAUGGGCAAGACACUUAAUUCUCAUUGUGUCUCUCUCUACCAGGGAGUAUGAAUGGGUAUUACCAAACCAUCUACACAUCUUGAAUCUUGAUCAAAUGCUAGAGGGUGAUAAAACUUAAAUAGAGUAGCAUCCUGAAGAAUGGGUACCACUAAACAGGGAGAAAGUCUUGACCAAACAGUUAAGGGUGUUAACCCUGAAAUGGACCAGCAUCCUGUGCAGUGAAGUGGCAAACCUCCUUGUCACCACUCACUAUUGGAACUGGGAUGUCCUCAGGCUGGAUAAGCCUUCUGGCUUUAAGCUGACCUAACUGUACUUUGAUACUUUUUAAUUGCAGGACAUGAAAAUGAUGAAGCUGUACUGUUUGAAUCACGAGGAUGUUAUAAGAAGAAUAGGUUAGUUCGUCAAUUGUUGUGUGAGGGAAACAGGUGUAUUAAAACCUGUAAGGGUAGCAAAACUGAUGUUCUGAAUUCUGACUCUAAGAUCUAAUUGUCUGUGCAUGCAUGUUGCAACCAUAAUGGCAAUCAUCUUUUAGUAUUUGAUGCUGACAUUUUAAUUCAUCAGCUGUGAGUCUCAUUUAUUUGGCAAGUUUUGGGGAAAAAAAUGACCUGCUUGUGAUUCCUUAGUUUGUAUUGAAUAGUUGCAACAACCUGUUUUUUUUUUUAGCUUUCUGCAACAGAUGCCAACAAGUUGGCGAGUUGUCUCAGCUGUUACUUUGCACAAGAUGUAGCAGUCAUUAUCACAGUUACUGCUGCUCGCCUUCUGUCCGUGUUACAGAGUCUGUCAGUGCUGGUUGGGAAUGUUCUCAGUGUAAGACAUGUCAGUCUUGUAGGUAAGUUUCCCAAUAUCUGUUCAGUGGAGCUGCCUCUCUUUGGGAUUCCUUCUCAGAGGGGACACAAUUUUGUUCUUGACCUAGAAUACUCCUGUAACUUUUUUUGUCUGUCACCAUCAUUCAAGGUAAACCUGACUUUUCAGAGGAAAACUUUCUUUUUCCAGUUCUAAGGUUUUCCCCCAGAGGAAUAGUCCACAGUACAAUACUAGUUCAUCUUUACUUUAAGUUAGGAACUUAUUAAGCUGUGUCUUAAGAAGAAAUUGGCUUUUAUUUCAUUUACAAGUAACUAGUAUCCAAUUUCUUUUUGCAAUAUCAUCCCUGAAUCAGAUAUUAAAGUUUCAAGAAUAAAGGAAAUGAUCGCCAACUUAUGAAGCUCUUGAUUGUUAAACAAAUUAUCCCUGUUGGCACCAUAGGAAAUGUAUAGAAAACAGAAAGGGGGAUUAUGCAUACUGAUGUUAGGUUGUAAAGGUUUAAGUUCUGGAGAGAACUUGGUAUAAAUUCCUUGGUAAAUUUCUUAGUAGUUUGUGUUUCAUCCGCAAACAAGAAUCAAAUCUUUCCCACUUUUUCGAAUUCAAAGUGGUCUUAUUUUAGACUAUUCGUAUCUACUGGCAAGAAUUUAUUGGCAUGGGGAAAAUGUAACCAUUUAAUUUUCAAUUAUAUUGAUUUUACAAUUAUUUGUAUUUCACAGGAACACUUCAAGUAAAGACAAACUAUUGAUUUGCAGUAGUUGCGACAAAGGAUACCAUCCCCUGUGCACUGUGCCUGUUGCAAACUUCAAAGAGAAAUUAGGCUGGAAGUGUGAGGUAUGUUUGGCUUUUCCAAUGAAGUUCGUCUAGCCAUAACAGAGGAUUAUUUCAAAAAGCAAAUGACAAUAAUAGAUUCCUGAGCUUUGGGUGGGCACUUGGUACAUGUCUGAUCAGGGUGGCAUUGUGCCACCCAGCUUCUAAACUUGAACCCAGCUUUACAAAUAUUUUGCACUCAAGAUGAUACCCUGAUGGAGAGUUUUGUUUUAAAAUGUACUUGACAAAGUGUUGUCAUGCAAUAUGCAGUGCAGCAGUUUUUUCCUUAAGAUAUAUUUUUUAGUGUAUUGAUUUCUAACAAUGUACCCCAUUCUGGUCAAAUUGUUCAAAUUUUUCCACAACCUGUGACUACUUGCAGACCUGUUCAUCCUUAUUUAGACUGCUCAGAUUUUGUAAUAUUUUUUUUCCCUCCAAUCAGAAAUGUAGACAGUGCCGACAGUGUAAAACAAAGCAAACAUCACAGUGGCACAUAGAUUACUCAUUAUGUGACAAGUGUUACCAGUACAAACACAAGACAAAUCAGUGUCCUCUCUGCAAUGAAGAACCAGGAAAUCAGAAAGUGAUCCAAUGUGAUUCAUGCAGCAGGUGGGUGCAAGCUGUGAUCUGAACUUAAAUUCUCAAUUUCAAUUUUAGUUCACUGCUAAGCACUUAGGCGAUGAGAAUUAAAAAAGAAACAUACUAUUUAGAAAUGUUUCUUUGUAUUAUAACCAAAUUAUCAGAAGUAGCCAAGAAAUGCAUGGUGAUCAGCAAACAGAAGUCAAUGCAAAAAUUGAGUGUCAGGUCGGAGUUAUUGGGUCAAUUUUACAAGUACAGUAAUGACAUUUAUAGAUAACAGCAAGGCUGUUGAUGUCAUGAAAUGUUAAUUGUACACAUGGUGAAUGCUUUGAACCAAGGAAUAAUACAUGAUCAUGCAGUGCUAUUGUCCAGCUUUGUGUAGGGCUGGAAAAGGCUAUGAUUGGUGAAAGCAUCCAAUGCUAAGGCAGAAAUAUCUCUGAUGUUGACUUCCCAAUUAAGCUGUUGAAACUUUAAAUGCUGUUACAGGCAACAAUCUUAUCAAAUGAGGUUAACUAUGUAGUAAGGCAACAAGUUCAAAACAAAAGUAAUAUUUUAAGGAGUAAGAUUAUAAGCUACUGAUAACAUUCCACUUUUGAUGUAUUGUGCCAUCAGGUGGAUUCAUACAGUUUGUGACAACAUCACUGAUGACAUCUACAGGAAGCUUGAAAGCGACACUAGUAUCAUCUACGUCUGCAAAAUUUGUCGAGAUGAAGUUGAGUGUAUUAAGAAUGAGUGCAGACGAGAGGUACGAACCAUGUCUCUUAAAUUUAUUUCAUAUGGGGCUUCUCUAGGGGUGUUUCAAAUUUACUCUUAAAUACAUUCUUGGAUAUCUAUAUGAAAUGAAAAACAUUGGGGGAACUUAAUCUUUCUCAAUUCAUAAUUUGGUAAAUGUUAGUCAGACUUGGCAAAUUAGCUAUUAUUUUGGCUUCAAAUCUUGAAAAAAAAUGUAACUAAAACUUCCUGCUAGUAGUAUUGUAAAUACAAAAUUCUCUACAGGAAUGUAAAAGAAUUAAAUAGUGGUAGAGUAUGUUGCUAAGGGAAAUGAAUGUUGAGUCCUAGGGAUUGAUAGUAUAGACAUUAGUUCACUUUUUUUCUUUUCUUUUCAGAUAAAGACAGACCCUGUUGAAUUAGAGGACGUUUCUCCAGUCACAUCUAUGGUUUUAUCACAAGAAAUGUACAGGGGACAGAGCACACAACCAAGCUCUGUUGUCACCACAAGCAUGGCUUCCACACCCUUGGCCAUGUCAUGGAUGACAUCAGAGCCUGUCCAGUGGUCUAGAUUGAGGAUGACGUAUUCUUUUGAGUAUUUUAUUAUGAAGCAAUAUGGUAAAGUGUUACUUUAGAAAAAAGUAUAUUGAAAGUAUUCAUAACAGACGGUAGUUAAAGGGAACUUCACUUAUGAUGUGCGGUUCAUGACAAAAAGAAAAUGUCACAAUUUCCAAUACUGUUGUCCCACUUUUAGUUAAGAGAUUCAUACUACAUGGGAGAUUGAGGAAUAUUUUUGUCACCAUGCAGAAUUCUCCAUUUGAAUUUUCUUACCCUGUAUUAGUUUUUGUUCGGAUGCAAAGAAAAUGAUAUGCUCACUUUAAGCCAUUCUUCUACUGCGCCAUCUCAUAAUUAAAACUUAGGGUAUUGCAGAGGUUUAUGUGUCAAACCCUUUUGAAACACUGUGUUGAAUACUUUCAUUAUAUUGCUUUUAUUGAGAAGCUUACAUUUGGUUUCAAAGUGAAAAUUUUGGUGGCAAAUUUUGGUUAUUGGUAAAAUGCUUUGUGCCUUUCAAUUAUGUAAAAUGGUGAUAAAGUUGGUGUUGUGUGGAAAUCACAUAUCGUAUAUUUGCCAUGGUUUCAAAACUCCUCAUAAUUAUUCAGAAAGUUCCAACUCGUAAAUUAUUAAAUUAUCCAGGUAUAAAUAUUUAUAUAUCACAAACAUGCAGUCACUGAAUUAACGCAAAUUAAUAAAUUUACUACUGCAAUACAAUGAAUGUUGCAUCAGAAGGGAAGAAGACUUCCCUCAUGGAAAACUGAAAAGAAAUCUAUAAUUUAUAUGUCCAAAUAUUUUCAAGUCUCAGAGUGAAAUCUUUUAAUACACAAUUACCGCUGAAAAACACUAUUUAUUGCUAUAAAUUGAUGAACGAUCAUGAACAGCCUGCUAAAAGAACUUUUUAAAGAAGGAAUUUUAUGUUUUUGAUGUUUAUAAGUUUUUUUUUGUCAUUGAAAAAUAUAACAAAACAAUCCUGGUGAUUUUCAAAUUUGGUGAGUAAAAGUAUUUUAGUUAAAAAGCUAUAACAAAGUGAUUGUCUGUCCUUGAUAUAAUUAUCAUAAGGUAUUACUCAAAUUUCCCUCAAGGUGUUGGUGUUCUUUUGUUGCACCAACAAUGUUAAUGAUUUGUGGUCAUGACAGAUUUACCAUUGAGUGGCAACCAGUAUAUGUUUAAGGUUGCAAAAAUUUAAAAUUUGAUGUACAUACUUAUAUAUGCAGGUACAUAUAUUUAGUCAAGUUUUUGUAGCUUUGGUUAUCAAACAUUGUAAUUAUUGAACUGGAUAAAGUUGACUUGGCAAACUUAUUAAUACCUUGGAAAUGAAGUGAAAUGGUCAAACAACUUAAUCAAACACAUUCUUUUAGACUGAUCAGAAUUUAGGUUGUUCAGGUAACAUGGCCCAGGAUGCUUCUUAAAAAUGUUUGUUGUUCUAUAUAUUUAAUGUUGAUCACUCUUUGAUGCUUCCUUAAACUGAAGAGAAGGGUAAUGAUGUUGAUAUCAACUGUCCCUUUUUUGGCAACAACUGCUGAACAUUUAAUUUAUGCUUGCUGAGCACAAAAUCACUGACACUUACUUGCCUAUAGUAGUAGAUUUUCUUCUAACCUUUAAACUCCUAGGGAUGAUUAACAUGUAAUUCUCCAUAUAAUGUUAAUUCUGAUUAAGAUCUGAUUGUUAAUUCUCCCCUCUAGCUACACAUUUCUUUGUAAAUUAGGUAUGAGAACUUGGUGCUAGAUCAAGGUGGCAUCUUCUACCUGAUAAGUUAGAAUAUUCUCAUUACUUGCGGAAUAAUGUAUGAAUAUUAUAGGGAGAAGUUUCAUGUUAAUCACUUCUGGGAGUUUAAGGGUUAAGUAAUGACCUUUGACCUGGGCUGGAACCCAUUCAUAAUGCCUUUUUUGUUUGUUUGUUUGUUUGUUGGUUGGAUGGUUACUGUGAUUUAAACUAUUUUGAUGAUGAUAAUUAAUUUUUGUGUAAAUAAUUUAAGGCAUGUACUUUAAUUUGUGAAACUCAAACAUUGUCUUCUAGAGAGGUAUAAGAGUGGAAUCUGGAUGUCAUUUUACAAGUCUGUUCUUUUAAAAUUCAAUUGUGAAUAACUGAACUCAUUCAGUCUGAAGAGGAUGACUAAAAAUUUAAAUUUACUACUGAAAUUUACAAAGAGAGAGAAUUAUAUUUUGAAUCUGGGCUAUUGAAUAUAUUGAUUUUUAAGUCUUAUUUUACACUGACAACAAUUUGGGCAUUUUUUUUCCUGUGCCCACCAAUCCACUGUGGAUCUGUUGAGUCAGAUCUUCCCCUGACACACAGUAAAGGGAUGAACAAUAGAUGUUUUGAAUUUUCUCACAGGAAGUGGAACACUAUUGCAACAACUUUGUCUCUUCUACAAAUUUGUUUUAAACAUUAUAUUUUAUACUGUAGACAAAGACCAACUCCAGAAAAUAUCACAAAACUUAUGCUAACAUAUGAUCAGGGAAUGAUUCAGUGACAGGUCUCUCUGAAGAACUGAUGAGGCUGUUUGAUGUAACUCAAAAUCUUGAUCAUCCCACAUGUUCAGACUGAAUUUAUAUUUUCUUAAUGAAGCAUUGAAAUUCACUUCCUUGAGUAAAGAUUGACUUGUUCCCAUGACAAACUGUAGUGCCUUGUUGUGUAGUGUGUCCUGGCUUUAAAAAUGCUCUCUCUGUCAAUUAUUAUAACUUGGCUAACAACCUCUUUUCCUGCACAAAAAAUGAUGUUAUUUUCAGUUUUGUACUUUAAACACAAUAAGAGUGAUUUCUUAAUAUUCCCUAUUAGAUUCAAUUUCACACAGAGAAUUUUCUGUUGAUUAAACUUGAAUAGAACAGUUUAAAUGUUUCAAAGUGCAAGUCAUUUCUAUGAGUAAGGUUUAUAACAGAAGGGCCAGGGGCAUGCCAACUUUGCACUUGCUGCUUAAGAAACAAACAAGCCAGUUUUCACUGGUCAGUGGAAGUGAGAACAGCUUAAACUUAAAAUCUUCCUUAACACAAAAUUAUAUUUUAAGCUUGACAAAUAGUAGUUUGUACACAAUUGUGUUCAUUAUUACGCAGAACAAAACUCGUACUCUUGUGGUGAGACCCUGAAAACCAAGCUUACGUGUUUCACUCUUUCAGUCACUGAAAACACUUUUGUUCACCACUUCAAUCCAUUUUUGCACAGUAAGGUUUUGAAAAGAAAGAAUAUCUACUAGAGUGGUGGUUGAUAUGGUAGUGAAUUCUCUGUGCUAAAAUUAAAGGGAAGUAAAAGAAAGAAAGGGCAGAGAAAGAAAUUUUUUAAGACAUGAGGAUGAAAAGGUUAGCUUGUUUAAGUAGGACAGGAAGCUCCUCUGUAGCUUG